GCAGCAGCCACUGCCACUGAGGAGCCGGCCCAGCUUCAGAGAGGAAGCGCUUCCUUCCCAUCCCUUGCCUUCUCAUCUCAGCACCUGCACUGCCUGAAAUCCACACACCUGCUUUCCUUUGAUGAUGUCUACUGAGCAAAUGCAGCCUCUGGAGCUCUCAGAAGACAGACUGGACAAGCUAGACCCUCGCUGCAGCCACUUAGAUGAUCUUUCAGACCAGUUUAUUAAGGAUUGUGAUCUCAAAAAGAAGCCUAUAAAGGGGAAAAAUGUACAAGUCACCCUGAAUGUUGAGUCAGAUCAGAAGAAACCAAGGAGAAAAGACACACCAGCCCUGCAUGUUCCACCUUUCAUACCAGACGUCCUUUCAGAACAUUUAAUUACAAGAUACGAUGUCCAAGACAUACAACCAAAGGGCAAAAUGAGUCCAGUUCUUCAAAACACUGAUCUGGAACAGAAAAAGCCAAGGAGAAAAGACACACCUGCCCUGCACGUGUCCCCCUUUGCAGCAGGUGUGACACUGCUCAGGGACGAGAGACCCAAAGUGAUCGUGGAAGAUGAUGAAAAAGAUGGUGACAAGAUGUCUAUUUAAAGACAUUUCCCCUGAGACCACUUGUAAAUAGGAAGAAGAGGUUGCAAGAGAGACUUGAGAAUUGUCCUGUUUGUUUUUAACUCACAGAGAUUUUUAAAUGUUUCAACCAACCAUUAAUAUUUAAUAAUCCAAUCAGGAGAAUUUACAUAAAAUCCUAGAUUUCCAGAGUCUCUUGAAAAAAACACCUCAAGAUCUGGCCACCUGAGCCUGAUUUAGAAGCAAAGUGACUGUCAGUGGGUGCCAAGCACCAGUCCUUUUAGGAGAAAAUACACUCUCCAGCUCACCAUCUGCCCCACCAGGUGUAUUUCUCCCUCUGACUUCACCCUCCAGCCUCCACAUUUGAGUCUGGAAGCCCUGGUGGUGAUCCAUACUUCGUGUCCCUAAGGAUCUCUCCCUCUUUGAUCCAGUACUCACUCUGCACUCACAGCUUUGGGAGGAGGGGAAUAAAACUGUGGCCAGGAUGACAGCUGAAGCAUAAGUGGUGAAACAAGCCACCAUAUUUCUCAAAAGCAACACGCAAUUACAGGUAUUAGAUAAACAGGGUUACAUCAGCACCAAGGGAUUCUUAGAAAGAAAACACAGAUGAAUAUCAUCCUAUCAGCUUCUCUGUACACGCCUGGCAUACCUGAAGCCAUGCCCACAGGGUGUGUUCAAUAAACUCGCAGGUGCUCAGAAAAGCCCUCCUCCUUUCUGACUUCCUGGAAUGGGGUGGAAAGUAGACUGGCAGUUGUAGAGACAAAGGCCUUGAGUUCUUGCCCUGAAUGUGCAACACUGAGCAAGACCUUAGAAUUCUCUGAGUCUGUUUCUUUAUCAUGAAAAUGAAGGAAUAAUCCUCACUUUACCCUCACAGUCUGAGAAUUACAUAAGGUAUUAAUAACAACAUAUGGCAAAGGGUAUUCAUCUGUAACAGGAUACUUUUAAGAUGUAUUCAGAAUAUGGACUGUGCCUUUUCUAUUGCCAAAUCCCCAUUGCCUGGUUAUUAAGUCACUGGACUUAAUUGUGAAAUUUAAUCACAGCCUCUGAAGAAGUACUGCAAGAGGGAAUCCUGUCCCCUUAACUGAAAGAUUAGUCCUUCUCUUUCCAGGAAGAUGGUCUUUGUAAUACUCCCAGCCUCAAAGAAGCACUCACAGAAAUGGUGAGGGACAAUGCUAGUCAGAACAUCUCAGCAACCCUGGAUGUCACUGGGCAAUUUGGAUAGAAACCAAGUCUCCCUCACUUCCCUUGAUGCAUGUGGCCCUUUUCUGAGCAGAUAAAUUAAAAGUUUAAUGGUUACAGUUA